AUGGCUUCCUCCCUCGUCGCACACCAAUCUCUCUCCGCGCCUUCCUUCAAUACAGCAGUGAAGGGAGUUGCUCUCUCCGCCAAUCGCGUAGCAGUAGCUCCCAUCAUUGCUCCCCGCGGACUCGGCUUCACCGCCCUCCUCGGCUUCAACAAGGCCGCCGUCCCCGCUAAGACCGCCCCCGUUAAGAAGCAGCUGCGCACCGAGGAUGGAAUUUUCGGUACAUCCGGCGGCUUCGGCUUCACGAGAGCAAACGAGCUCUUCGUGGGCCGCGUGGCGAUGCUCGGAUUCGCGGCGUCGCUGCUGGGCGAAGCGGUAACCGGGCAGGGAAUCCUUUCACAUCUGAACCUGGAGACGGGCAUCCCCAUCACAGAAGCCGAGCCGCUGCUGCUCUUCUUCAUCACAUUCACCGUGAUCGGCGCCAUCGGCGGGCUGGGCGACCGCGGGCGAUUCGUGGACGACGAGGCGCCGGCGGGUCCGCCGGUGAAGCUGGGGAGCGCGAAGGCGGCGUUGGGGUUGAGCGAGGAGGGGCCACUGUUUGGGUUUACCAAGGCGAACGAGCUGUUCGUGGGGCGCAUGGCGCAACUGGGGUUCGCGGCGAGCCUGGUGGGCGAGGUGAUCACCGGGCGAGGCGCGCUGGCGCAGCUGAAUAUCGAGACUGGCUUGCCCGUGUGGGAGCUGGAGCCGCUGCUGCUCGCCAGUAUCGCCUUCUUCUUCAUCGCCGCUAUCAACCCCGUGGAGCAGGUGAGGUCUCAAGUGGAGCAGGUGAGGUCUCAAGUGGAGCAGGUGAGGUCUCAAGUGGAGCAGGUGAGGUCUCAAGUGGAGCAGGUGAGGUCUCAAGUGGAGCAGGUGAGGUCUCAAGUGGAGCAGGUGAGGUCUCAAGUGGAGCAGUUUCUCGGUUGCCAUCUCACUUCCCAUCUCCAUCUCUUCCUGCUUGCCAGUUGCCGCCUCCUUGCCAUCUCACUUGCUCCUUCACUGCUCACCAGCAGGGCAGCUGAUUGCCAGCAACACACUCAUGUGAAUCCCUCUCGCCCUCUCCAACCUCCCAACGCCCUGCCCUCCUCCUCUACUUCCCUUGACUCUUCCCGCGUUUUCUCUCCGUUGACUCUGCUGCUUCCAUUCUCUCCCCUCCUCUCAACACCACUCCCCACAGUCAUUCCUCGCUUACUUCACCACCCCUACUGGGAAACGAUGUCUUCACUCCAGAAGCACACUUUUUCCUUGCUGCCCUCCAUCCUAGCCAUUGCUAUGGCGGCUCUUCAGGAGCUUCUUCUGCGCGCCUUGCUGCUGCUGCAGCCUGGCCUCGCCUGCCUCUCAUCCACCAAACCCUCUCUCCUCCCUGCCAGCAACUUCACCCCCUCCUUGCCACACACGCCACUUGCCACUGCUCUGCCACCUGCUGCCUUCACACCACCCUGCCUUUUACCUGCCGCCCUCCCUGCUGCUUCCUCCCCACACCAAUACUCCUCUCUCCUCUUCACCCCACUCGCAUGCCUGCUGCUGGCCUUGCCAGCGGCUCUCACUGAUGAUGCAGCGCCACGUGAUCCCGCAACUGCUGUUGCACUACAUGGGGCAGGCCUUGGCUUCUGUGCUGCUGCUGCUGCACGUGAAGCAGAGCCUGAAUGA